AUGUCAGCAAAUACGAACAUUGUGAUUGACAGUGACGCCUUAUUAUAUACUGGUGUAACCAAGGAAGUUUUUUUUACUUUAGUGGAAUUACUACGUGAAGACAAUCAAUUCAAUUUUCAACUAGAUAUUGCAGAUCAGCUUUUGCUUGUACUGAUGAGGUUAAAACUUCAUUUGAUAUUUGAUGAUUUAGGACGUCGCUUUGGUAUUUCAAAAAGUUUGGCAUGCAAAUUAUUUAAUUCUUGGAUGCCAGUUCUUGCUGAACAACUUAAAGGCUUGGUUGUUUGGCUUCCACGAGAAACAAUUCGAGCUUGUAUUCCCGAAUCUUUUCGGGAAAAUUAUCCUCGUACAACUGUGAUAAUUGAUUGUGCUGAGACAUUUAUACAGAGACCAACAAAUCUUAAGAGUAGGUCAGAGACUUAUAGUAACUACAAGUCACAUAAUACUGCAAAAUAUCUUGUUGGCAUUGCACCUCAUGGACAUAUAAUGUUUAUAUCUCGGGCUUUUGGAGGUAGGGCAAGUGAUAAAUUCAUAGUAGAAAAAAGUGGCUUUUGUCAGUAUCUUUUGCCAGGAGACGAGGUAAUGGCAAAUAGGGGUUUCACAAUUGAUGAUUUACUUUUCCCACUCAGAGUCAAACUAAAUAUUCCAGCCUUUACAAAAUGCAAACCACAACUUAGUAAUGAGGAUUUAACAACAACCAGGCGUAUAGCAAGAGUUAGAAUUCAUGUGGAGCGUGCGAUUCGUAGACUUAAAGUUUUCAAAAUUCUAAGUAGUACUGUUCCAGUGUCCUCCUUGAAAAACUUUGAAGACAUUCUUCUUGUAUGUUCAGCCCUUGUGAACUUAAGAUCAGACUUAAUAAGAGAACCUGAUGAAUUUGCAGAAAUUUAA